AAAAGAGCCAAUCACGUGACAGCUUAUUCGCGAAAGGCGUCCUUCCGUCUUUCCUCUCCUCCUGUAAACACGUGUGAGGAGCGUGUGGGGACAUUUAAUCAUUUAACUUAAACUACGCUCGCGUAAAAACCUCCUCAAGAUGGCAAAAAGCCUGCGGAGCAAGUGGAAGAGGAAGAUGCGCGCAGAGAAGAGGAAGAAGAACGCCCCCAAGGAGCUGGCUCGUCUGAAGCAGGCUCUGAACUCGGACAUGAAAGGAGACGCUCUCAUGGCCGACGUGCAGGAGAUCGCCACCGUGGUGACGGCGGAGCAGAUCAUAAAGCAGCAGGCUGAGGACGAGGGGAAGAUGGACAUGGACGCCAAACGCAACAAGACAACCAUGUUGGACGAGAACGGACAGUACCCGGUGUGGAUGAGCCAGCGUCAGGCCAAGAAGAUGAAGGGCAAGCGGAUGGCAAAGAAAGGUGGAAAGAGUGCAAAGGGCGGAAAGGGCAAGAAGAAGAAGGGCAUUGCCUGGUGAGCCAGAGGAAACCUACGGAUGGUUUCCUUGGCUUCAAAGACUUUUGUUGCUGAAACACGGGAUCGUUUCUUGUGUUGAUCUCUACAUGACAUCUGUCGCUGGCUGCUGUGGGAUCCUUCACUCGAGCAGAACUGCUGCUGUAGAGAGAUCCACUGCAGGAGCUGGUUGGUUCUGAUGGAACCGCAGCUUCAUCUCCAUGUUAGACCAAGUUUUACGAAAAUACGACUUUAUGUAAAAUAUGUUUGUCUGAAUACAACAUAACAGGUGAUUGUCAUAUAUUCUCCACUGCAGUUGGAAUCUGUGCUUUUUCUGAUAAAAAAAUAUGAACUGA